CGCAAUUACACUCCGUUUGACGGGCCACCGACUGUGUGCAUUCUAAUUCCUGGCGCAGUUCCGGUUCCGGGUGGAGAAGGGGUGGCUGGCUACCAUGCGGCUCUCUGUUGUUGCUGCCAUUUCGCACGGGCGGGUGUAUCGCCGCCUGGGCUUGGGCCCUGAAUCCCGUAUCCACCUGCUGCGCAACCUGCUGACGGGACUUGUGCGCCAUGAGCGUAUCGAGGCUCCCUGGGCGCGCGUUGACGAGAUGCGCGGCUACGCUGAGAGGCUCAUUGACUAUGGGAAGCUGGGAGACACCAACGAGAAGGCGAUGCGGAUGGCGGACUUCUGGCUUACGGAAAAGGACCUGAUUCCAAAGCUGUUCCAGACACUGGCCCCUCGCUUCAGUAACCAAACUGGGAACUAUACAAGGAUGUUUCAUAUUCCAAACCGUGAAAAGAUGGACCGGGCCAAGAUGGCAGUUAUUGAAUACAAGGGGAACCCCCUCCCUCCACUAGUGCUGCCACGUCGGGACAACAAUCGCACACUCCUCAAUCAGUUACUUUUGGGCCUUCGCCAAGACCUGGAACAGAGUCCUCCCAGAUCUACUGCAUAAAGGCUCCAAGGGUUCAGUUCAGAGCAACAUAACCCAUUCUUGUUGGAGUAUUCCAGCCCAAUAGUGUGGGAGGGCAAACAACCUGUAUUUCCUUCCUUUCCCUAGCUUCCCUGGAACUUUAGAGUUCCUGUCUUCUCUUGUUAUGAGAGAACCUCAGACUAAAACGCACUUUGGAUAUAGGAACAGAACAAGAGAUGAAUGUGUAUAUGAGGUGGACAGGCCAUUGUCCCUACAGUCUUUCUGUUCUGUCCUGAGCAAGAAGGGAGAAAAACACAGACUAACAGGCUUCCCUCUGUACAAUAGAUGAUUCUUAUACAGAUAUAUGUAGUGUAAGUGCUGUUUUUAUCCAUUUCUUUCCCUGGUCUCUAAGGUAAGGCUAGUUUCUCUGGAAGGCCUUCCUCUAGACAGGACUCCCGUUGGCUUCCCACCUAAGCCAAAAGCUUCAGAGGACAUUACAAUUAUCCUGUAUCCAAGCAGGGACACAGAACUGCCACCCCAACUGUGUAUAGUAUCAUUAAGUAGGCUUACACUUAUACUUUGUUCUCCCUCUUCUCCCUGCACUUAAAACACUUCAGCUGUGAGGAGUAUUGUUAGACCCCAAGACAUGAAAAACUUUGCAGGAUUAGGAUGAAGAAAAUGCAUACAAAGCUGGGGAGAACUAUUCAACUGCUCCCCAGCACACAUGUGGGUUAACCCAUAUGAAUGGGUGUGUUAAUGGGGAAUCCCAAAGCCAGCUUCAGUAAGGUCAGCCCCUGGUGGGAAUCAGGAUGUAGAUCUUGCUGGGAAUUUCCUGGAAAUAUUUCCCAUGUACUUACUUUCAGUCUACUUUCUGGGGAGGGAGGAAAUCCGGCUCUGCAAAGUAAUGAGACCCAUUCAUAUAGGGAGUCUUAGAGCUUUAGGUGCCACAGAACUAAAGGAAAUCCGAAGUCAACACCCUUUUCUCCGCCUCUAAAUACACACCCCACAACGCAAGACUACCACACAUAGAAGAUUUAAAUAUAGUUAAGGAAUUGCCUUCUGGAAACUAAGUGGGAAUCAUUAGGUUUAGAAUCCUCGGACUAUGGUUAUUCCCUCUACAGAUAGGAAGAAGAGUGAAAAACAUAACUAAAACAAGAUUCUCAACCUUGGUCACUUUGUAAUAAUGUGAAAUGCUAGUCUUGGAUACUUUCAAGAAUAACAUUUUAAGAGUAUCUUGAUCUUGCUCAUUUGUAGUAGAAUGAUGAGGGAAUACUGGCCCUUGGCUGUUUUGGAGAGAAAUCUGGAUAUAUGAGGCCUUGGUUAUUCUGGGAAGUUAAAAAUCCUCAUCCUUAAUGCUGAUUUAUUGAUCAUUCUUGUUCACUACAAUUCAAUGAUUGAAAAUUCAAAUCAUGAUUAUUCUCAGGGAUGAUGGGAGAAAAUUUUAUCAUUAGUCACCCAGUAGGACAGUGAUGGGAAAAUCUGGCCUUAGCUACUCCUUAAAACAGUGAAAGAAAAUUCUGACUAGAGUAAUCCUGUAGGUCUACAAGAGGAAAUUCCAGUUCGACUCAGCACUGUGGUAGCACUCUUCCCUUCAUGGGCAGUGAUGGGAGAAGCCUACCUGGGUCGCUAAUUUAAUAGUGGAAGAGCCCCUGCACUUAUUCCUUCUGAGUAAUGGGGAAGUCUUGAUUUAGGACAUUGUGGAGUUUCAAUUCAAUAAAACAUUUAAUGUCUUCUCUAUGCUGGACACUUGAUAAGCACUAAAGAUAAGAGGAAACGCAAAAAGUGGUCCCUAAUCUCAAGGAGGUCAGUCUAAUGAAAACAACUGUAUAAACAAAUAUGUGCAAAAUAAGUUGGACGUUAUUGCAAGUAGGAAGGCACUUAAAGAGAAUUUGGAAAAAUCUCUUGGAAGUUGGGGUUUUAUCAGGGAUUUAAAAGUCAGUGAUGGGCAUUCUAGGUAUAUGAGAGAGCCAGUGAAAAUUCUGAUUGGGAGAUGGGGUGUCUUAUUUGAGUAACAGUCCAUUGUCACUAAAUCAUAGAAUGAAUGAAAGUUGUUUAUGUAAGAAAACUUGAAGGAAGGGGGGAAGGAGGUUAUAUUUUUCCUGGAGGAAUAAUGAUGUCAAAUUUAUGCCUGGGACCAAUUUGACCCCAAAUGGAGGAUGGACAAAAGAGGAGAGAAACAAGACAGGAAGGCUAACCAGAAGGCUUUUAAUAGACCAGGUAUGAGAAGAUGACCUGCAUUAGGGUUAUAACAAUGUAAGAGGAGAGUUGGGGAUAUAUAAGAAGAAUGUUGCAAAUGUAGUUAGCUAGACCUGAUGACAUUAAAUGGAGAGAGAAGGAUGGCCAGAUUUUGAAUCUGGGGAAUCAGAAGGAUCUGCCUUGAAAAACAACAGUUAAAAGACUUAAGAGGUAAAGGUAAUGAAAUUUAAUUCUAGACAUGAGUUUAAAAUAAUGGGGCAUCCAAUUUGAAAUGUCCCAGAAGGCAGUUGAAGGUUUGAGUGUAAAGAUUACGCAGAUCAGAUUGAUCAGCAUAGAGAUAAUACUAGGAUUCAUGAUAAUCAUCCAAUGAAAUAUUAAACUGGGGAAAGAAGAGGGCCUAGGACAAAUCCUUAGGGGGCAUCUAUAUUAGUGGGCAUUAUCUGAACAAAAAUAGGUAGAGAACCAGGAGAGAUCACUAUCACAAAAACCUAGAAAGAGAAACAUGAGGGAGAAAAGGGUUUUAGGUAAGGGUAAAGGCUGAAGAGAUCAAGAAUAAUCAGGAUUUUUUUUUUAAAGCCAUGAAAUUUGUUGAUAGAUCACUGAUAACUUUGGAAAGAAUAGCUUCAGUUGAAUGAUGAUUUUGGAAGCAGAGUUGAGAGGAAAUGGAAGUACGUUUAAGUUACUCUCAAGGAGACUAUACAUCAAAAAGAGAUAUGGGAUAAUGGAACUAGACAUAAUCAACUGAGAAUAUUAAGUACAAGAUAUAUUUAUCGCCUUCAUUGUGAAAUAAAGACUACUGAUUAGCAGAUCAAA